AUGAAAAUGAUGGACGGAGCCCAGCAUCCCGAUUAUAUUAAUGUGCCUCCGAUGACGAAAACGAGGAGUACCAACUACCUGCCGACGCCUGAGCAUUCGCGAUCUGUUAGCUGUGAUGACACCCAAUCUGCCUCUUCCUCAUCUACAAACGAUUUAGCGGGAGUCCGUUUACGUGUUGAUUCGUCGCAUGGCAAUUCUGAAGUACAUAGUCCGUCGAAAAUUUUAUAUGUUGCCGCCUAUGAAUAUAAUGCAGAACGAAGCGAUGAGUUGAGCUUGCCACUUGGCUCCAUCGUGAGGUUGAUCAACCGCGAUACACACGAAGAGGGAUGGUAUUAUGGUGAACUCGACGGUCAUCGGGGACUCUUUCCUUCAAACUAUGUCCGAUUACUCGGCGAAGAGGAGAAUCUGAUCGAGUAUGGUGCCGAUGACAUCAGGACUCCGUCGAAUAGGGAUCUUGAUGAAUGCAUGAUCGGACGAGGCGCGACCGCCAACGUCUACAAAGUUGAUCUGCGCUGGUGUAAACGGGAUAAAGAGGGCAAAAAGCUGGAAAAUGGAACAAAUUUCAUUAAAGCGGCCCUCAAACGAUUUCAUAUACAUGCUUGUGAAGGUGCCUUACCGUGUAAGUCAUUUCUUGACAUGCUGAAACGCGAAGCGAAUCUCGUCAACGGCCUCCGCCAUCCGAACAUCGUUCAACUGUUCGGCGUAUGUCCCGAACAAUCAAAGUUCGGACUGCUCCUUGAGCUAUGCGAAGGCGGCUCAUUGCGGACGGUUUAUCAAACCGCCACCGAGAAAAUCAUACCGUUUCGGGUGCUCAUCGACUGGGCGAAACAGAUUGCCUCCGGAAUGGAAUAUCUCAUCGGACAGGGCUACGUUCAUCGCGAUUUGAAGGCAGACAAUAUUCUUGUUAAAGAUGAAGUUUGCUAUUGCGCAGGCGACGAGGAAGUGUGGUCCGAUGAUUGGUGCCCGAAAUGCGGUUGUCGUCCACUCGAUCGCCUCCAACUCAAAAUCACGGAUUUCGGCGUCACACGCAAACUGACGACCGAGGCGAAUCGCAUGAGCACCGUUGGCACUUAUGCGUGGAUGGCGCCCGAAGCGUUCCGCGACAGCAACUAUUCCGAAGCUUCCGACGUCUGGUCGUUCGGCGUUGUCCUCUGGGAGCUGCUGUCGAAGAAGGAGCCGUACCAGGGCGAGAAUCAGAACAUGAUCGCGAUCAACGUCGUCCAUCAGAAGAAGAGUCUUGUCAUCGACGAGAGUUGUCCGAUGAAGUGGAAGACGAUCAUGCAGCGUUGUUGGGAGGUCAACCCUCAUGAUCGUCCGACGUUCCAUGAUCUGGUGGCGUUCUUCGAAGACUAUUCCAAGGAUGGACAAUUGGAUACGCAGCUCAAACGCGUUCAAACCAUCAUCGCCCAUAAUAUUGAGAACAUUUACACGAAAUGCCAAAUGGAUCAGAAUAAAGAGCUCGACGAGCUCUUCAAGAAUCUCUAUUCUCCGAUUGGCGGGAUUGAGCGAAAGAAUCGAAGGUCGCUGGCGCCUGAUCCGAAAGCGAGGCGUCAGUAUAAAACGGGAAAACGAUUGGAGAUCAGCGCUCCCGUUGGUGACGUCCAACAUUUGGUGUCGGUGAAGCGCGAUGAAGUCGGAAAUAAUCUCAAGGUUUACGUUGGCCGCGAUCAAUCCGGCGGCGGCAGCACGCUGCCGCGCUCGUUCGGCCGAAUGUCGCAGUAUUCGACGAGCACGCCGAAUCUGAAUCAGAUGUUCGAUGGCAACGCGCACGAGUUUGGCGGUAAGACAAUGGAGCGCAAGAACGCGAUUCGAAUCAAAUCGGGACGGCAGCAUCGGCCGAGCGACGCGACGUCGCCGAUGAGCAACGCGAGCGGAUUAUACGACGAUCAGCAUCUCGCAUCGAUUGAUUCUGCUGAUGAAGCUGAACACUCGAAAUCGAGAACCACAUUUCGUAACAAGAUUUGGCAGAAAUUUCGGAAUACGAAGAAACGCGAAUCUCAUGACGACGACGAGGAGAAUUCGAAGAAUCGAUCAUCAACGGUGUCGACGUCGUCGUGCAAUAAGAACACGCUGAUCAAACCGAUGACUCGCGGAGCAAUUGGCCAUUUCCCCAUGGAACAUGCUUCGCGAUCACGGACGACUAGUGGAAUGGAUGAUAGUGUGUCGCCAAGAACCAGCAACAAAGUGUCGCCGUCGGACAAAAAUGGAGCAUUGAAGAAGCCGUCGAAUCCGAAUUUUGAUGUACGUGGGUAUUCGGAGAACAAUGUUCCGCGUCCCGCGCAAUUGCCGAGCUCGUAUCGGCCGAGUCCGCUCGAUCUACCGAUACCGCCGAGCUCGAACUCGCCCGAUCAGGGAACCAUGAUCAUUCCGAUGUCGAUAUCGCGACGGCAGACGACCGCCUCGUCGUCGACCGACACUAGCUACGAGUUGUUGGGCGGUCCGAGCCCGCGAAUGAAUUAUGUUGUGACGCCGAGCCUUUACACACCGGUGCCGGUUGGCUGCGACGCGGAGCCGACGCACUACUACAUGGAGAACGGCCGGAUCAGCGCCGAUCGCAACGCGUACAGCUAUCUGCCGGUUGGCGGCGGACGUGACGACUAUGUGCCGAUUGCCGAUGUCAAGAGCGACAUGCGAAUGUCGUCGAGCACCAUCACAAAUCCGCAGUACUAUCAGUGUAAUAAGCGACCCAAUCCGAUCAAUAUAUUUGAGACGACGACGCCGUCGAGUAGUGGAAUCGGGACGUGCAACAGCUCGUUGUCGCUGAACGAGCCGCCCGACAUUCCCGCACCGCCGCCACCAAUCAUCUCAAUGUCGCCGCCGACGCGCCUUGCGCCCGGCAUUGCGCCCGACAAUGGCGUCAUCGCCAAUUUGCGAUUUUGA